AUGAAUGUUGAAGAUAAAAAACAAGAAAGAAGCAAGGCUAAAAUGGCGGUCACUGUCGCUGCGAGGCGUCUGAUUGGAGCCUACAACAGAGAUUGCGAAUAUGAUAUUUUAAAGGAUUCAAUGUUCGAACUUGAAAAGGUAUUUGAUGAUUUUUGCGUUAUAAAUGAGGAAUACGAACUUAUUGUAUCUGACGAAAAAUACCCUGAACACCGUGUAGUUAAUGGUGAAGACAUUAUGACUUACAGAGACAAUGUAAAAAGGUGCUAUGAAGAAGCUAGGAGUGUAUUUGUUAGUGUAAAGACAACAAUCGAACAGAAAGCUAGACAACAAAGUGCUGGGCCUGUCCAAGUUGCCCUAAAGAAUGACAUUUUUAGAAUUCAUGAACUAAUCACAGUCGUUGAUGAGAGUUUUAAACUGGAAAAUGUGAAUAUGGCAGCUUUACAACUAGAUAAGAAUGAUCUACAGUCAAUUUUGAGCAUAAUAUGUGAUAACAUGGCAAAACUUGGCUCGAUUGAAACACAAGAGCAA